UUAUUAAAGCAUAUAGAAAGCAAGAAGCAACAAAGAUAAAAAACGAAAAGCCGACUAAUUUAUUAACUUUCUCGAAUUUGUUUUAGCAACAUAUUAAAAAACCCGCAGAUAAUUUAUUAUAAUAUUAAUAAUAAUUUUUAUCAAGUGGACAAGCGGCUGUAGAAAUACAAAAAAACUUAAAACGCAAAAUGGUGUUGAGAGAAACAGUGAAAACAACGCUUUUAAUGUUGUUUGGAAUGCUGGUGGCAGAAUGUGCAGUUAGCACAAAUGAAUAUAUGAAAAGGGAGCACUCAUUAGUGCGGCCCUUUCAGGGUGUUGGUGUAAACUUGCCCAAUUGGGAUUUCAUAGGUCAUACAGUAGUGACCAGCAACUAUAUAAGACUGACACCAGAUUUACAAUCAAAAAGUGGUGCUUUAUGGAAUUAUUCGCCUUGUUUGACUAAAAACUGGGAGUUACAUGUCACUUUUAAAGUUCACGGCAAGGGUAGUGAAUUGUUUGGUGAUGGUUUUGCCAUUUGGUAUACCAAAGAUCGUAUGCAAGCUGGUCCAGUUUUCGGGAGUAAAGAUCAUUUCUCAGGUUUAGCGGUGAUAUUGGAUACCUACAGUAAUCACAAUGGUCCACAUAAUCAUCAACAUCCAUAUCUCAGUGCUAUGGUCAAUAAUGGCACUUGGAGUUAUGAUCAUGAUCGUGAUGGUACUCAUACCCAAUUGGCCGGUUGUGAAGUACGUUUCCGUAAUGUUAACUAUGAUACACAUGUGGCCAUACGUUAUGAAAACGACAUUUUGUCGGUGUCAACAGAUUUAGAAAAUCGUGGCGAAUGGAAAAAUUGUUUUGUAGUAAACAAUGUUGAAUUACCCACAGGUUAUUUCUUUGGCCUGUCAGCCACUACCGGUGAUCUUUCGGAUAAUCAUGAUAUUUUGGGUUUUAAAUUUUAUGAUUUAGAUACAAAUGUUACGCCUGAACAAAUUAUGGCUCGCGCCAACAUCAUACCAAAUGCUAAAACCUUUGAAGCUCCACGUGAACAUAAGGAUGAUCCCAAACCGGGCAUGUCUAAUACUAAAAUCUUUUUCAUUUUAUUAUUCGGUAUGUUGGCUGCCGUGGCUGUGGCCAUUUUUGCUAUUUCCUAUUUCAAGGAGAAAAAUGCGCGCAAACGUUUUUACUAGUUUGUAAAUAUUUAGGCCCGUUUUUGCAGUUCCCCCCUAAGGGAAGAAAUUUUACAUAAGGUUAACGAUAAAACCGGCCAACAGUCUUCAAAACUCCACAAAAAUUCUUUGAGAGAAAAAAGACAUGAACUUUUAAUUACAACAAAUUAAAAAAAGAAUAACGAAGAUUAACUUUAAUAUUCUAAAA